AUGGGAGAAUUGGGGGAGCAAUUGGAGACUCUCUCACUAGAAGCCUCAAAAGUUUCACCUGUACAGCUGGAGUCAGAAGAUUAUGACACAGAUCUGGAGUUUGAGGGUGAGUGUUUGCUCACGUUCAAGAGAUUAUAGACACCAGUGGGAACGCAAAUAAAUAUAACUAUUCACAAUUCCCCAUAUAUCUCUAAGUGUUUUUUUUCCCCUUUCUCACAGACAUAGCAAAGGCCAGUACGAAGAAAGAUUUGAGUGAGAUGUACAUAAAAGCGUGCCAGCAGGAGGGCAUUGUACCAGUCUCAUAUUUUAUCCGUCAUAUAAAUGACACUCACAUAGAACUGAGUCACCACGGAUUAGGGCCCAAAAGCACAAGUGCGAUUGCCAUUUCAUUGAAGGUGAGAAUGUCCAAUGGUUGUCCUCUGGAUCUCAAAGACAGAGCUUGGCACAGCUGUUAUGAUUUAAUUUAUAUGGUAAUAUGCAUUAUUAAAGUGUUGUACUGGAACUUUAACAAAAUGUCUCUCUGUCUCCUAGUCUAACACUAGCAUAACUCACCUGAGCUUGGAGGACAACUGGAUAAUGGAAGAGGGACUAGUGCACCUGAUGGAUAUGAUGAGAGUAAACUGCUAUAUACAGGAUCUGGUAACAGGCGUCCACAACAGUGUUGCGUGGAGAGUAUGAAUGCGUAGAAGUGACCUUGAUUUGGGCAUGUUAUGCUGAGUGGAGUGGCUCCAUGAGUUCAUUGUAAAUGUUUGUAUAGUGACUUUGCAAGUGAUUUGAACUAUUAUGGGUCAGAGUUUUUAUAAUGAGUAGAGUAACAGAGUACUUUUACGUUUUUUUCAGUAGUCCAACACAAUGCGAAUAGGUAUACAUUCAUAAUAUGUAGUAAAGCAUAAAAAUAUUUUAAAAUAAUCAGCCAUUUCUGAAAAAAACAAAUAUAAUCAGUCUGCCUAUGCCUCAUAUCAUGUGGCGGGAAAAGAGAGAAAGAAAAUAAUAAACCUAUAUAGUUCAGCAGAGAAAACAUUAAAUGCACUCUGGCCAAAUGGAGCACCUCCAUGCAUCAGACACUGGGAGGAGGACCUAAACGAGUCCCUAACGGACGCAGACUGGGACAAGAUUAUUACCCACGUACAGAAAACGCUGGGCUCGGCGAGACUACAAGAAAAUUCCUACAAAAUCCUUACAAGGUGGUACAUUACCCCAUCAAGCCUCCACGCCAGAGACCCUCAGAUCCCAGAUACUUGCUAGCGAUGCGAAGAAGCGGUAGGCACCAUUAAACAUAUCUGGUGGGAUUGCGCCCAUAUACGACCCUUCUGGGAGACGACUCGAAAAAUAAUACAAGAUGUAACAGACGAGGCCCUACCACAGACACCAGCCGCCUUUCUCCUCCACCACACCACCAUGCCGACGCCGACGUACACCAGGUCCGCCAUCCCGAGACUCCUUAACACGGCCAAGGCAACGAUUCCCAUAUUUUGGAGACAGACAUGUACGCCACCCAUGAGACAUUGGGUAGAGGAAGUGGAGGACAUGAGAAGAUACGAAGACAUGAAAGCAACCACCCCCAAAACAAAGAGAUAACUAAACAAAACGCUGGUUUCACUGGCUCUGAAACCUUAACUCGGACGAUUUCCUACAACACAUUACCGAACCAUAAGCAGGAACGAGAAGGGAGACGCAGACGGACCCAGAGGGACUCGGAGUGAGGCCCCGGGAGACGGCGAACCUGGAGCGGCGACGGGGGACGCGAACCCACCGACCCACGAGACCUCCCUCCCCCACCCCGACAGACACACUAAAUACAGGACAAUGUCAACGACUGCCUACUACGACCAAGACACACCGAUGCACUUCCCUAACCACAUUCCAGCGGGACCCAGGCAUUGAGCUGGGAGAAAUCACAACAUCUACGGACAUUUAACGUGCCAUUAAUAUCGUAACACAUAAAACCGAGACCCACGGUCGUCCACAUCACCACACAUGAUCCAAUCACCGACCAAUUACAAGAUUCAAUCAAGACAACCCACACAACCACAAAAGAACCGGGUCAGAAUAGGAACCAGUAGGGUAACGAACAGCACCCCGCCACUCGGACUGGGAGAUGCAGGCACACAAUGUAACCUGCCCUCACUGCCCAGACCCCCCGCACGACCCGAGAGCAGUCACACGACCAGCACUCAAAUUGCUACAUCACUACUCGACACACUCGACACAGAUCAAUACACACCGAUGGCACUCAACCCUUAAACAAUAGGACCAUGCCCACACAGUAACGCCUGACAUCAUACCGGACGACAUCCCUCACAGACACCGAGACAUGGGGAAGCAGGGGAAACAUAUACACGAACAAGCACCAAAAACUACACCGCACUCAAUACAGGAACCCAUAGAGAGGGCCAAGCAACAGGCUAGCCAUACAACGAAUAAUUAUUGACAGGGCUAUGACCUGAAAUGCUAUGAGGGAAGACACCAGCAGACCCCAAACCAACCAAACCCAACGAACGAAACACCAGGGCACACAGCGCAAUAAGUACUCGGAUCGCCCUAGCUCACCCUGCCAAUUAAUGACUUGACGACAACGACACCUCGGACUGCUAUAUUACACCCAAUAGUGGCCCUCAAAAGGGAUUAAACCCACGGGACCAAACACCUAAUGAUAAGGAUCCCGGGGAUUCAUACACUCAACGCCACAGACCUUCCAAACACUACAUGCCGAUCCACACAUGACUAUAUAAGAGUUAACCACAGUUGCAUACUGAAAUAGGCCAAUGUUGAAAAUAACCGAGUUAAUACGCAGAUAACACACAGAACACUGCGACACUGUAAAGCAUUGCUAAAAGUUAGCCUCUGCGUAGGCGCAUUUCCUACUACCUUUGUUACACAAGCAGAGCCUCUGCGUAGGCGAUGAUGCAGUAAAAGUUUGAAUAUGAUGUAUGUACGCCUAACUUAUUUAAACGUAAUAAAAACAAUUCAACACAAAUGGAGGUAGCCCUAUAUUUAAAGUGAGAGUACACUUCAUAACAAAGAUUGUUUAAUCUGUCCCGUAUUCUGGCAUCUGGCUCUGUCUAAAUGUUAUUGCGUUGUCUAUUUUUUUUUCAUAUUGCACAGUGUGUUUGAUUUAGAAGUUGUCUUCUGUUCUAUUAUUUGCCUUCUAGAGCCUGCAACACCCAAAUCAGCUUAAAUAAGCUAAAGUUGGUUUGGUGGUUAGAGUAGUCCUUUAAAAACAUCUUGUGAGGUUUUUACAGGUGCCUUGGAGGACUCCAGCAUCUGAAAACUACCCUCCGACUGCAGUGACUUGAUCUUUGUUGCCAAUAAUUUCAAAGAAAAUAGCCCUAGGACAAAGUGAAGGAGUUUUUCAACUGGAAUAUCUUCAGAUAUCGUCCUAGUUCAGAUUGUCCACAUUCUGAGACAGUUUUUCAGACUUGAGACCCUUGAAGAUAAUUCUGUACUCAUAUUCUGUUGUUUGUUGGACAAUUCAGGGGCUGCCAGCUUAGCAGAGGCAUCUCAUAUCAUGUCCUCCUCCACUGUGGUGAUCCUAAAGCAGAUAUUGCCUGGUUCAGUAUCUGAGAAUGCAUAAUGUCAUCCAAGUGAAUUGCAUGGAGCCAACAGGAAUGGUGUCCAUUUCAUUCAGGCUCCAGCUCUUCCCAUCUCACAAUUGAUUGAAUGCUUCUGGGAUGUUUUGAUGAAUGUAGUGAUUCAUUUUGAGCUGCUAUGUUAAGUAGAAUGACUGUUCUUCAUAAGUGAAUUUCAUGAUUUCUGCCUCCCAGAAUCUUUCCCACAAUCACUUGGGUGUGCAAGGCUCUCAAAUCAUUGCCGAUAUGUUACUGGAAAACGUCUCCUUGCAACGCAUCAACCUUGCACGUAGGUGUAAAUCUAAUCCAAAUAACAUCUUGUCUGUGUCCGUAUAGAACGCUAAUGCUACCAUAACUUUGCCAACUACCCAGCACUAACACUAUGCUAGCCUAAUGAUCUUCAUACACAAUCAUGGCUCUGUUCCUUCUUCAACACAAACAUUAAAUUAGUUCCAUCCCAUACUCAACCCUAACUUUGUGCUGGCUCUGUCCCCUACUCAACCCUAACACUAAGGCAGCUCUGUCCUCUGCUCAACACUAAUCUUGCACUAGCUGUAUCCCUUACUGCAGGCUUCCCCAAACGCCAGCCCUCCAGAUGUUGCUGAACUACAGCUCCCAUGAUUCUAUGAAUGAAAUAGAUUGGCUGAGAUUCAUGGGAGUUGCAGUUCAGCAUCAUCUGGAGGGCCGGAGUUUGGGGAAGCCUGCCUUACUGAAUCCAAAUUCUAUUGUCUACUCAACAUUAACGCUAAGCUAACUCUGUUGCAUACCCAACCCUAGCAUUCAUCUGGUUCUGUUACCUACUCAACCCCAAAACUAAAUUAGCUCAAUCUCAAACACAGCCUGAAAUCUACCCUCUUUUCUUGUACACAGGCCCAAUACCUUCUUCCCAAUCCAACUGAGGCUGUGUGCCUUCUUCUUUUCCAUUGUUCUGAAUGUGUAUUCCUCUCUCCCGUUGUCUGACUUUUAAAAAAUUUUUUGACAAUGCUUAAAUAACAUGUAUUUCCUUUUCUAGAGAAUGAAUUUAAAGAUGAAUCUGCAAAGCAUUUUGCUGAGGCUUUCUCGGUGAGUGCAAUUAUAUAUCUAUAUAUGAUCUUCCUUCUACAUCCAUCACUGCAUAAAUGGAACUGGGCCUCUAUCUAGGGAUAGAGAUACAGUAACACAGCAAUCUCUUUUUUAUAGUCCUGUUUAGUUUGAUGAUUAUUUUUUUAAAUUUAUUCUUCCAGGCCAAUUUCCGAGUAAGUGAGCUGAACUUGAGUCACAAUGAGUUCUGCGAGGAAGGAGGAGCUAACCUUGGUCAAAUGUUAGGUGAGUUCAAUUUGAUGCUUCUCAUAGAAAUGCACUGAAGGCACAAUGUGCAUGCGCAGUAGAAGCCACAAUUCACAUAUGCAAUGCUUCUCAAAGAGAAACUUUGGAUACAGUGUCCAGUGUUGUUAUACUUUACAUGAUGACACCAAUCAAUAUCAGUUUAAAGUCCCUAGUGGCUGUCUAUCUGACACCACUACUAGGUGAGAAAAUUACAAAUGUAAGCUGUGCUGUUUCUUAGAUUAUUCUGACUAAACAUAUCUCUUGUUUGGCUAUUCUCAUAAAGAUUACCAUAAAUUUGACUAAAUUCUAAAUUAAAUCUAAGUGAAGUUGAGUUGGAGACUUUUUCCAAGUCAGAUAUUUUAGCCUCAAUUUUGACAUUUGUAUUUGAAUUUUCUAGAAUUGUAAGUAAGGGAAUAACCCUGUGUAACCCAGUAUAAUCAGUUUGGUUGACAGCUUGGGAGACAUUUCUGCAGUGAUUUAUAAACUGCAGUGGAAAAGAGAACGUCAUGACACAAUAAGCACUUCAGCAAGCAGAUGAGCUUUGUGUGUAGAGUGUUAAGUCGAUGGAAAAAUACAAGAAAUUAUAAUUGUUAGGCCAGAAUAGUCAUGAUGAAAAGGGCAUUUUCCCCAAUCCAUCUAUUGUGGUUUAAAAUGUAUAAUUCCCUUGAUUAUACUUUGGUUAUUUUUCAUUCUAUUUGGGCUAUUCGCCAAUUGUCCUAGGUAAAAUUAAAUACUCGCUUAUGGCCUGAACACUUUGAUGUCCAUCUUCCCUAUGCAUUUCCAUGUGGCACCACGUUACAUUCCUGGUAUUUAUCAGACUAUUUUGUUUAUUUAUCUGGUCAUGAUUAAAGAAAGAUUUUAAAAAAAUAUAAUUCCCUUACAGUUCUCCAGGAAUUCACUGCUUAGUGCAUAAGGAUCCAGCCUGUUGCAUCAAGGUUUCAAAAAGAACAUAAAAAAAAACUAUUUAGCUUUUUUUUUGGUGGCUGUAUUUCAUUAAUCAGAUGUUUCUUCUUCUAGCUGCUAAUGAAGGCCUGCAAGUUCUGGAUCUGAGCUGGAACCACAUCCGUAUGAAGGGUGCUAUUGCUCUAAGUGCUGGACUGCAGGUAAUGAUCUCCAUGAGCACACCAUGGAGGAAUGAAAGAGCAACUCACCCCUUUUGCUGGGUUUACAGGUUUCUACCUAAACCAUGAAGUGUAUCAGUAAUCUAGAACCUCUCAUUAUUUUCAAAAGAGUCUGAGCCUUCCGUAUAGAAUUCUGUCCAUUAAUAUGUAGUACAGCAUUUAAAAGCAAAUUGAUUUAGCAAAGGGGAUGAAGUUAUAGAAUUGAUGCUCAAGCUUUUAGCAGCUCCACUGUAGGGUUGAGUUAUGAACCUUUAAUUUCCCUUGAUUAAUUAAGUGCAUCUGCGGCUACAAACAGAUCCCUCCGUAACCUGGAAGAGGCGUCCAAUCAGGAGCCUCCAUUAUGGUUUAUGGGGUCUGUUCUUAUCCGAUAAACUCCUGUCCAGCUUUAUGGGAUAAGUUGCGUAUUCCUAGAAGCAGUUUCACUCAGUCCAAGUUGUGUGUGCAGCAUUGACAAGUUGGACAGAACUGAUAUUGUGCAGUCAGAACUGGUCAUUUCAGCUGUCUGAUUGAAAACUCUGAGGGCUGGCUUUGCCUGAGAGAUUUUUACGCCCCAUUCAGAUCAUGUAGGAUUGCGAUAGUGCUUAAAGUGACGCAGAAAAAAAUCAAGAUGACUGUAGCGGAGUGAGAGUGUGAACUGUAAUAUCUCCGCUGGUAGACGUGAUCAGCAUGCAAAUAAAGUGUAGCGUAGUAAUUCCAAUCCCAUUCCCCAACAACUGGACGAAACACAGCUUUAGGAGUCAACUGAUUUUUAUUGAGCCACAGCUGGCUUUUAUGCGAUUCCCCAUGCAAGGGGUUUCUGUAAUGACAUUCCAGGGGUUUCCCGCUGAUGGACCUUGUGGAGGACUGGGAACAAAGCCAUAUUUCCCAUGAUCCUUUUAUGUACUUGGAAGAUAAUUGCGUAAGAACAAUUCUUUAAUUAGAUUAUCUCCCAAAUACAGAACAAUAUUUCAAAACAUCAUAACUCCCAUAAUAUUAAACAGAGCUCCACGAAAGAAUAGCAGGGAUCUGAGCACCCAAUCUGUCGAAAUACCGCUCAGAUCCGUUCGGUAGAACAAGAAAGCCAUUUGAGCCAUUUGAGUAAAGUUUUGGACCGGUCAGCCACGAGGUGAAGCCCCACAACAGUUCCAUGCGAUUGACUGUUUUCACCGGUCUUUCUUUCGGGAGUUCUCAUGAACAAACUAAUGAAUGUAAACAUUCAUAAACUGGGUAGUCGUGUGUCUAAUGGUAGUUCACUCCAUUUAGGAGAACGUUUGGACGAAAGGAAACGCAUGCACGAACAGGAUGGAAUCCAGCGGUGUUCGCGAGGUUGAGUGGCUGAUUUUAGUUCCACGCACUCGACGACCAAACACUGCUGGUUGUUCGUGCGCAAAGAUGGCCGCCGCCACGUGUUCGUUCAUACGAACAGCGGCCACCCAACCGACCAUUUGGAACUUUGCGGUUUUCAAGUGUUGCAAUCCUUAAUUGGAGACACACGACUCCACUGGGUGGUCUCCCCGUUCGGUAGUUGGUUCGACUCACGAACAAUACAGUCUGUAUUCUGUUCGUGAAGUACAAAUAGUCGAACCAACUCAAUCUUUUACACACAGAAGUGGCUAGGUUUGCCACAAUGACUAUUAAGGCUAUUCACAGAAGUGAGAAUUGUAAGGGAUUCAAAGUGAAUUUAAAAAGAAUUUCAAACCCAUCACAUGGCUACACUCAAUAAAAAUGAACCUUCUACCAAGACUACUAUUCCUAUUCCAAGCACUUCCGACUCGAGUUAACAAGAGCGACUUAGCUGACAUACAAAAGGCGGUAGACGCCUUUAUCUGGCAGAGGAAGCGGCCCAGAAUAGCCAAAACAAUACUAUAUAAUCCCAAAUGGAGAGGAGGCCUGGGAAUGCCCCACCUUCACCAUAAUUAUAUCGCAGCUCAAGUAGCCCAAAUAGCCCAAAUAGCCCACUGGCACUGCCCCAAAAAUCAACGCCAAUGGGUCGACAUAGAAUCCCUCAUGACAGGCGCAGACCUCCCACAGUUCCUCAAAUGGACACCGAGAAAACAUAGAGUACUCUUACGGACCGAUUGCCCUGCCAUUCUAAACUCCAUCAGUUUAUGGGACCAAAUCGCACAGAAAUUUAAACUUACAAACCUCCCGUCCCCAAUGACCCCAGUACUACGCAACAGAACAUUCCCACCAGGAAUUAGGGCAAGAGACUUCAAAGGCAUAGAAGCUACAGGCCUACAACGCUACACUCACCUGUAUAUUGACAACCAACUAGUACCAUACCAACACUUACAAACCCUUGCCCCAUUAAAACCCGCGACUUCUUCCGAUACGUCCAAUUGCGAGAUUUUGCUCAAACCAUGGAGGUCAAAACGGCAAAUGCCAAACCCAUUACUUUCUUUGAACAAAUCUGCCUAAAAGAAAAAAUACCAGUGAAAUUAAUCUCACUGUUAUACAACCACAUAUGCUUAGAAUCAGGAACGUGGGGAACACAGACAUACACAGACAAAUGGGAAGCAGAUCUGGGUGAAACGUUGGAGGAGACAGAGUGGCAAGAUAUAUGGGAGGCAAACGCAAAAGUGUCUAUAUGCACGACCCUCCAGGAACAAGCAUACAAAACAAUGCUACGGUGGUAUACAAUCCCCGUUAAACAAUGCCACAUGCAACUAUGUCCCACAGACACCUGUUGGCGACUAUGGGUGGAAAAAAGCACAUACAUCCACAUGUGGUGGCACUGCACCAAAGCUAAAGAGUUUGGUAGACAUGAACACUAGAAUCUUACACCGACGAAUAACACUGGACCCUUGGUCAUGUCUUCCAUUACGACCUGACGGAAGGACUAGACAAACAUGAUCAAAGACUAUUGAAUAUGCUUAAUCUAGCAGCUUGAAGAGCAUUGGCACAAUACUGGAUAAAACCUGAGACACCCCCAAUCUCUCUAGUAAUCUCCAAAAUCAGGGAUAAUUAUUUAAUGGACAAGAUGACAGCACAGGUCCGCAACACCAAACGAAUGAGCACCCACCCACAGACGACUACUCACUCGUGCAAUUUUAACUAUAUUUUCCUUCUAUUUUGUUCUUCUUUUGUAUAUAUUUUCCUGUUCACGUUCUAUACAUAAAAUAAAAGAAAAACUUUGACAGGCGAAACGAAAACUGCGCGAUGGCGGCUUCUGCGCAACCCACACGAAAUGUACCAACAAUAUAUAAUAUGUACACUAAUAACCUAACCUUCCUUUCUGUAACAUAAUCAAAGCGAAAUCGGUGACUGGGCUUCUGCGUAGGCCGACAUUGAUGUCACACUAAAUGUCUGUCAAUGCAUAAAUAAAGAAUAAAAAAAUAAAAAAGAAUUUUACAUUUAAGGCCAAAAUAGCUGAAUUGGAAAAAUGAUUCAAUACAUCUAUGCUUUCAGUUCAGGUACUAUGAUCUUAAAUUUGAAAAUCACUUUGAAUUCAUUACAAUUCUUACCUUACUAAAUAACCCUGCAUGUGUCUAUUUCGACUUGUAUAUCCUUAAAAAAGUGAAAUGAUUGUUAAAUAAAAAAAUAAAAAAAAGAGAAAUAAAUUAACAAUUAAAACAAACAGUAUUGCAACUCUCUCCUACAGUGCACUUUAAGUUUGUAAAGAUGUAGAAAUAAUAUAUACAUGUUUUAUUAGUCUCAUGUCUAUGUCCUUUAAAGCAGGUGUUUAUUACUAUUGCAAUGGACUAGAUUGCAGACAGGGGCGUGGCCAUACCGCCCAAAAAAGGCAGGUGCGGUAAAAAGGGGUAGUCUAGUGACACGAGUUGCAACACAGGCACUGCCCAAAGGGUCUGUCCAAAGGGUGGAUCAUGAAGAAAGCCCUGUUUUUAAGUGCUCUUGACGUGUGAGUGUAGUGCGAGAAAGUCUACUGAUAAACUUGCUAUGGUUUUUGGGGUCGCUUUCUUGGUUUCCCCAAAAGCAGGACACCAGGGAAUAAAGUUGGAAGAGAUCCCUGAAAUCGGAACUGUCCUGCCAAAAUCGGGAAUGUUGGGAAGCCUGCAUUGAUAGGUGGCAAACAGACUAGGGGCUUCAGUCCAGGAGUAAAUUGUAUAGCUCCUCUUACAUAUUGUGACUUAAGCCCCUCUUAAACCAGCCCUAUUCUAUGCCCAAAGUCCAACACAGGACCGCACCCUGGGUUCUAGACCAUAUCACCCCUCUUAGCAGUCAAAUCUGUCUCAUAGCUGACUUAAAGGUUCAUUUAAUCUAUUUUUCCUUUAAAUGUGAAAUUCAUGUUGAGUUCUCAUUUUAGUGCAUAACCCGGUAUAUGUUUUAAUUCACCUGGCACUCGUGGUACUCGCUGGACUUUCUUCUCCUAUGAUGUCAGUAUUUCACUUUUCCUCCCUCUGUGUAGGUCAAUGACACGCUUAAGGUGCUAAACUUGUCCUACAAUGGUUUUGGUAAUGAAGGAGCUCUGGCCCUGGGCGAAGCUUUAAAAGUGAACACAUCCAUUCAACACCUGGACAUCAGCUGUAACCGAAUUAAUAAUGAGGGAGUGAGGCUCCUCUGCAAAGGAUUGGACACCAACGAAACUCUCCGCGUGCUGAAGGUAAUGUGCCAAUUAUAUGUAUCAACUACUUGGAAUAUUUAGAGAAUAGAAUCCUGAUGCUGCCCAAUGUCUCCCAUCCACUGGAAGAAUGCAUAUCUUUAAAGCUAUAUAUGCUUCCAUUCAUUGGGCUUGUGGAGGGGCUUGGAAGCCGGCCUUCUCCCUACAGAUUAUGGUCCAUGACCCAGAACGCUUUCCAGAGGCCUCAGGAACCAUCCGUGCUAGACCGGGACUAUUCAACGGCACAUGUGGACUCAGAGCUGGAUCAGAGAACAGCCUCAUCCUGGUAAAAUGUUAAACAAAUAUUGCUUGAGCUAUGUCCUUGGUUCCGGGCACUAUUUGAACUAUGCAUGGCUGAGACUGGGGGCUAUCUAAACAUAAACAAAUAUUUAGGAGUUAUACCUUAGGAAGGGGUAUAUUUGGAGUUCGAAAUCCAAUGCAUCUUUGUUUGGUAAGAAAGAACUGUUGUCUGACAAACUUUCCUAGCACCUGCAGUCUGCAUCCUCUGCUGCCGGUGAACUUCCACAUUAUCCUAUCCAAUCUUUAGAGGCAAUGACUCUGUGCUGAAGGUGGGUUAGUCCAGAGCUUUCAGCCUGUCAGUGCCAACCAAAGUUGGACAGGCUAAUGCAGUAGUUCUCUUUUGGAUUAGCCGAGCAAAGGGGUCAAGUUCUAGACCAGCUUUUAGUGAAACCACUCGAAAGCGAUUUGUCAAAAGCCAGGGGUGGCAUCCAUAGACUUUUCUCAGUAGAGUAAGUGGAGAGUAAAGAGAGGAGGGGUGUGUGAAAGAGAGUUUUAGGGUGACGGUGGGGUUGGUGGCAAGAGUAGUUAAUGUUUACUGGAAACAACAACAUAAUAUUACAUCUAUGUUGUGCAGUCUUUCAGAGUGUGCAAGCACAAUAUAACUAGAAGUUAGAAAGGAAUCAGAUUCCAAGAACUGGUCCUAAUAGAAUCACUGAUUUUCUGUCUUUGCAUGUGUCCAGCUUAAAACUCAAUGGUCUGAAUCUCCCUAUUCAGCGGAAAUUAGUGUGGGAAAGUUGCCCUGGUGUAUGAACAGAUGGGCUUGUACCAUUUAGGCUGAGGAAGGUCUAAGUGUUGGAAAAACAGAAGACGCAGAAAAGGUCAUGCUAUGAGCGAAGGUGAUGAGGAGAGAUGCGUAUGAGAGGAUCUGGCAUCUCAACAUACCUUUAAGGUUGGAGCGGUAAAGGGAUAUUUAUGACAGAAAGAAAGCAGUCUUGGUGGUGCAGCAAGGGUUAGGACUUUAUUGGAGAAGUGUGCUCAUUCUACCCACUACUCCAUGGGCAACAUCAGCCAGUCAAUGAAUGAGAAAAUGAAAAACAGAUUUGUAUCAGAACCACAUGGAAUAAGUAUGUUAGGCAUCAAAGAAUGUUUAAUGGUGAUUAUGUUUAUUUGACCAAACGAAGAAAAUAGGUUUAUUGUUCAGUUCUUUAAUGAACUGUUUGUAUGGUUUUAAGAAGUUUACUCUGAAGAACAUGCUAAUGUUUGGCUCCAUUUUAUUUGCUUUCUAUGUAUUUCUGUUAAUCACACUGCUGGUGUUUUCAGCUCUCCAGAAAUCCCCUCAGUGUAGAAGCAGCUCUCUUUCUUUUGACGUCCAUCACUAAGAAUCCAGAAAACAAGGUGGAGGAACUGGACAUUUCUGUAAGUGAGAAUUCAACCAGAUGAUAGCCGUCAUUAAUAUAUUGGUCUAGGGAGAUAUGGGAGGGCUUCUUAAGAGGGUUAAAGAGAGCAAAAGGAUAAGUCAGUGUUUCCCAAACAGUCCUUAAGAUUGAGGAGUCAUUUAAGGAGAUAUAAUAUGUAAAAAAUGUCCCCCUUUAUUUGCUUGUCUGUUUAGAAUGUGUUGGUAAACGCCCAAUUUCUCAGCCGCCUAGAGACAGCCUGUCGAUCCCGUCCUGAGCUCCAUAUAAUAUACGCUGGGAAACAGGGAUUUACUGCAAGAAAAUUAGCGGCACGCCCAGACCCUAUGAAAGUCAUCCAGGUAAAUAGAAAUAUGGUUUGUGUACUUAUACAGUAUGUGCAGAAUUCCUGUACACACCAUUCUGCACGCCAAGACAAAUGUUAAAAAUAUGUUUAAUAAAUAUGAUCUCUCAUCAAAAAGCAGCAGCUGUUCCAUGAUUUUUUGGAGAAUGAGGCAGAUUCCAACCCGUUAAAACCCCUUCAGUGACUUACUUUAAUCCAGCGCUGAUGUCCCUUGGCGCUGGGUCAGGCUCUGCCCACGCUUCUCCACCGCUGACGUCAGCCGGCAAGGGAGACCUCAUGCGCAUGCGCGGCAAUGGCAGCGUGCACACAUUAGAACUCCCAAUAGGAAAGCAUUAUUCAAUGCUUUCCUAUGGUGAUUCCGGUGACCCUGGAGGCCCUCAUGCCUAGUGUGAGGAUGUCCAGUGUAAUUUUAAACACUUUUCGUGUUUUAAGAACCCAGAAGUCCCUUUAGUGGCAGUCUGAUAGACAGCCACUAGAGGAGGACGUAACCCUGCAUAGUCAUUAUUGCAGUUUAUAAAAACUGCAAUAAUUACACUUGCAGAGGUAAGGGUGAUGGGAGUUGGUACCCUGACCAGUGGGUGCCUGGAGUGGCCUGGGUGCCUGGAGUGUCCCUUUAAAGGGUUACUCCGAGCAUUAUGAUAACUUCAGUGAUUUGAGCUUGUCAUGGUGCCUGGAGUCUGUAUAUAGUCUGUUCACUAUGAAAUGCUGCACAUACUAAGUUUAGCCCACUUUGUGGCUGGAGAUGUAACUCCACCUCCAGCAGCAUCUUUGGAGCAUGAUUAUCCAGCCAGGAACAAGGGUUCUGGGCUGUCUGAUGCGAAUUCUGUGCAUAUUUGACAUCUGACGUCAGCAUGCACAGGUUAUUUUUCAUUUCAUAUAAAAAUUAUUGGUUUGGCUUUUCUUCAAUAUCUGAUCUGUGGGUUAUACUGUAGAAGGGAGUCUCAGUGAAACUGUUAUCUCCACCAGAACUACCUGGAUGAACGCAAGUUGCGGCUUAUUGACUUCUUCAAGAAGAUGGAUAAAGAUGGCAGCAUGAGGAUACCAAUCAGUGACUUCUGCCGGCAUAUCUCGGUGAGUGUGGAUCGGCACAGUUAUUAGGCCCUGUAUCUCAGAGAGAUAUAUAUAUCUCUAAUAUAGGUGUGGACACACAGCUGGUAGCACACGAAACUGAGGGGUAAGAGCAGGACUAGUGUGUGAGGGCCCAGGCAGCAGUACAGGAGAAACACAAACUGGUAUAUCUGAAAGCCAAGAACACAUACAAUAAUAAAUAAUAAUAAUAAUAACUUUCACUUUAGAAAGAUAGUAUGCCUUUGGCAAGAUAUUUGAUAAAGUCAAAAGUAACUAUUUUGAAGUCAGAUACAUAAAGCAGAAGGUCAGUUUAGGCACAUGAAUGGGUUGCAUGUGGUAUAAAGAGGUGAUAUCAGGCACACAGACCAGGAAGUCAAAUCAGACUGAAAGUGGUUAUUGAACACUUUAACAUUUUGCAUUUGUGUGACUGUGAGUGUGUGCAUCUGUGAGUGUGCUUGUAUGUAUAUAUCUGUGCGUGUAUGUAUCUGUUCUAUGUAUGUAUCUAUCUGUUCUAUGUAUAUCUCUGUGUGUGUGUGUAUGUAUCUGUGAAUUUCUGAGUCUAAGUAAUUGAGUGCAAUGUAUGUGUGAGUGUGUGCCUCUAUCUGUGAGUGUCUCUCUGUAUGUAUGUAGGGUAUAAUGAAUGGAAAUACUUAAAAAACAAACAAACAUGCAAAUAGGGGGUUUGGAUGGGGCUAAUUGCCUAAAUGUUGGGAUGUGAAUAAGGCAGAGAAGGGUAAAAUGUAUUCUAGUUUGGGAGUAACAGAUUAUUUGCAAAGACAUCAGGUUUUCUAGUUUUGGGAGGAAGAGGGUGCUUUGCAGGCCAAUGAGAUGAGCUAUAUUGAGAAGGGUGUUCAUUUUUAGGAGACUGCUACUGGAUACUACUGCCAAUGAGUUAGGCCCAACCGUUCAGGACCUCACCCAUCUUCGCCUAUAUGUAGCAAAAAGCCCUCUCACCAGACCUACAAACAUACAAAUGGAUAGCACUAGCUAUCAAUUCCUUUGACCAAUUUCUAUUUAGAACCCCUUCUGCACUGAUCAUUGUUUUUUUUUUUUCGUAUUAUAAGGGAACUGCCAUUUCUCUAGAAAUUACACCAUUGAAUAAAAUCACCUAUAACCUACGUUAAAGGGACACUAUAGUCACCUGAACAACUUUAGCUUAAUGAAGCAGUUUUGGUGUAUAAAACAUGCCCAUGCAGCCUCACUGCUCAAUCCUCUGCCAUUUAGGAGUUAAAUCCCUUUGUUUAUGAACCCUAGUCACACCUCCCUGCAUGUGACUUGCACAGCCUUCCAUAAACACUUCCUGUAAAGAGAGCCCUAUUUAGGCUUUCUUUAUUGCAAGUUCUGUUUAAUUAAGAUUUUCUUAUCCCCUGCUAUGUUAAUAGCUUGCUAGACCCUGCAAGAGCCUCCUGUAUGUGAUUAAAGUUCAAUUUAGAGAUUGAGAUACAAUUAUUUAAGGUAAAUUACAUCUGUUUGAAAGUGAAGCCAGUUUUUUUUUUCAUGCAGGCUCUGUCAAUCAUAGCCAGGGGAGGUGUGGCUAGGGCUGCAUAAACAGAAACAAAGUGAUUUAACUCCUAAAUGACAGUGAAUUGAGCAGUGAAAUUGCAGGGGAAUGAUCUAUACACUAAAACUGCUUUAUUUAGCUAAAGUAAUUUAGGUGACUAUAGUGUUCCUUUAACUUUUUUUAUGUGAUAAAAAAGUCUAAUUUCGUUUUGAUGUAUAUUGAAGAUUUAACAUCACAAUCUAAUUCAGUCCAGACAUUGCAAGGGCACGCAUUUCUUCAGAGGACGACAUAAUGAGAUAUUAGGGGGUUAUGAAUAACGAGUAACUGUGAUAAAGUUCAGCAGAAAUAGUGCAUUGUUUCCAUGGUGAAUACUUCAAAUUUACAAUUUCGCCCUAGAACCACACAAAACCCCCAUUGUGUCUAUAAUUCCUCCACCCACUAUGCUUUUUCUAUGCUGACAGCCAGCCGCCAAGGCUUUUAUUUUGGUUUUAAAAGAUAGAAAAGGGCAGAGCUUGGGUUAAAACUGAAGAGCCACUGAACCCAUAUCAGUUCAUUGAGAUGAAGAGGUCUGGUUUCCUUCAGUGUUCCUAAAUCUACAUCAGAACACUCAGUGUGACAUAUCCAUAUAAUUAAUUAAUCUUCUGGUAGGGCAUCAUCAGAGCAGUUUUUGGUUAAUAUUGGUAUUCCUUCAAAGCGGAUCUGUCACCGUCCGAGGUCUCUGCAUAAUUUGCAGAGACCCCCGAUUGUGACAUCGCUACUGGGGGUCCGGUGCCCGGGGGGCAGACAAAGGUAAGUUUAAGUUACCUGUGCCUCGCUGUUGCCUCCAUCCUAUUCUCUCUGCUCCUCUUCAGCUCCUGAUACUACAGCUGCUUUAAGGGACACUGUAGACACCCAGACCACUUCAGCUCAUUGAAGUGGUCUGUGUAAAUGUCCCAUCAGCCAUAAUCGUAAGCAUGUUAUUAUUGCAGUUUUUAUAAACUGCAAUAAUUACCUGCUAGGGCUAUCUCCUCCUCUAGUGGCUGUCUACUUGUGGUUGCCUAAAUGAUGCUGGACGUCCUCAUGCUAUGCAUUACCAAUUAGUGUUUUCAGCACUUAUAAUGUACCUUUUUGAGUGUACCAAGAGCCUUGUCCAGUGUCUGUUGUAGUCCAGUCAGCCAUGAAGGGACACUAUAGACACCCAGACCACUUCAUCUCAUUGAAGUGGUCUGGGUGCAGUGUCUCUGUCCCCCGUAGUCCUGCAAUGUAAAACAUUAGGCUGAGGAACACGUUCGUGUUAGGAAUGCAUCUUUGUACUCCUAACAAUAAAGUGUUCCUUUAAUAGCAGACCUGCAGGAACAGUUAUGGAAGGUGUAAAACUCAGUGCUAUCCCAGCUCCUCCAGGGUCUGGCUGUGAGGCUAGACAGGAAGUAGAAGGGAUCACUUCCCAUCUGCACGCAGGCAGAGGCAUAACUAGAAAUGAUUGGGAUCCGAUGCGAAAAUUGUCCUGCCCCCCAAGCGCCUUAUCUACCCCCAACCCCUCCAUGUGUCUCAUACCCCCUCUUUGCCACCCACACGUCUCAUCCCCCCCAGCCCCUCCAUGCAUCUCAUUUCCCCAAAUGUGUGUCAUUGCCUCUGUCCCAGCCCCUUCAUGUGUGUCAUUCCCUCCAUCCCAGCCCCUUCAUGUGUGUCUUUCCCUCUGUCCCAGCCCCUCCAUGUGUGUCAUUCCCUCUGUCCCAGCCCCUCCAUGUGUGUCAUUCCCGCCAUCCCAGACCCCCCAUGUGUGUCAUUCCCUCUGUCCCAGCCCCUCCAUGUGUGUUAUUCUCUCCCCAUUACUGUAAAGUAAGUAGUGUCUGUUUCUGUGUGUGUGCACAGGAUGCAUUGUGUAUUUCUGUGUGUGUGUAAAGGACACGUUGUGUGUUUCCGUGUGUGUAAGGGAAACAUUGUGUGUGUGUGUCUGUGUGUGUAAGGGAUGCAUAUUGUGUGAGUGUGUGUGUGUAUGUAAGAAUGCAUUGUGUGUGAAUGUAGGGAUGCAUUGUGUGUGUGUGUGUGUGUAUGUAGGGAUGCAGUGUGUGUAGGGAUGCAGUGUGUGUGUGUGUGUGUGUAUGUAGGGAUGCAGUGUGUGUAGGGAUGCAGUGUGUGUGUGUGUGUGUGUUGGGAUGCUGUGUGUGUGUCUGAGAGUGUUUGCUGGGUAGGAUACGGACUGUGGGGGCUAAAAAGGGAGCAUAUUUAAGAAAUAAAAUCUAAUUUAACUCCCCCAGGAGUUUUCUUUGUGGUCUUCUAUGUGCAUAUACAUACACAUAAAAAUGAUUGCCUAUGUAUCAAACUGCAAUAGAUUUAUUAAAUUUUCUCUUUGGGGUUUCUCAGCUUUUUCUGUGUUGGUCAUUGUAGGGCCUUGAAUGGUGGUGCUUUCUUUUAACCAGUUGUGAGCGGUAUUUAGUAGAUAAUCUUUAUUUUUCCUCAUUUUGUUUCCAAACAAAAAGAAACACUAUUAAUUCCCCUAUUGAUUGUAUAAGUACAGGAUCCUAGUGUCCUCAACAAGCUAUGAUUAUUGGGGACAGUCCCUCAGUGUUUACAAAAGCGGGACACAAGGGUAUUGCGGUGGGACAGGAAAAUCUUGACUAUUGGGAGGCAUGGAGGGUUAUUCACUAUAAUGUGAAUUGUUGGGAAUUCAAAGCAAAUUAUUUUUUUUUAUAUCAAAAUAGCUGACUUGGGGAAAUUUUUCCAACUAAGCCAUAAAAUUUGAAAAUGUAAUUUUGAAUUCACUUUAAAUUCAUUACAAUUUACACUUUGGUGAAUUAUCCUGUUAUUAACAAUUGCAAAUAACCUGUGAAGUUAGCCAAUCAGAAUGUAAGAUUCAAACAAAACAAAGUGUGUGAUUCCCAGCAUUCCGCUGGGCAUGGAGAAGGAAGUGGCUGUUUGACAUGCCUGAUGGGGAUUUUGCAACUUGAGUUUCAUGGAAUUCCAGAUCAGCUUUAACAAGUUACCCUCUCCUGGUGAGCAUUAUUUUUAUGAUAUAAUAAUAUUAAAAAGGGGAUUUCCUAGUGAAAUUAUGACUCAGUAUUUUUUAUUGAAUAGGUAAUGCAUUAUAAAACUGUUGAGAAAUUAAAUAUUAGUUUAAUUGAAACAAUGUGUAUGAAAUCAUACAAGCAGAGUGAAUGAUGCUCUUUUCAUUACACAGAUAUUUCCUUAAAUUGAAUGCUACUAUAAUUCAAAUUUUAGAAACACAAUCAUAGUGAAUUUUGAAGUGAAACUGAAAAAAAAAAAAACUGGAUUUGGAAAAAAUUCUCCCACUCAACUUUUUAGUCACAGUUUUUGGCUAUUUAGGCCUAACUUUUGCAAUUUGUUUUUAAAUUUACUUCAGGGCAGAGCUUAGUGGAUAAACCCCAAUAUGUUCAAGGUACAAGUGAACCAAAUCCCCACUGGUGAGAAAUGGGUGUGCAAAUUGCACAAAUCUAAAUAUUGCCCUCUGUAAUGGUGUAUAAAAGCUGAUCCCUGAGGAAAGGGUUACUUUGCAGGAGUCUGUCAGCCUAGUCCUGCAAUGUAGCUAAUUAGUAGGUGCUGUAGUAGUUGCACCUCCUCAGGCACAGAAGGUCCAGUUUGUAAAAGUUACUGUGCACAUGCCAGAGUUGUUGAAUUUGCUUUAUAUACUUAAAUAGUGGUGUCCUGUAACCCCAUACUGCAAGAAAAUAAAGGAACUACAGAAAAUACUUACUCUGCUGGAGGUUAAUUCUGGUAAUUCCCCCUCUACCCCAAAAACCCCCCACCAAAAUAAAAAUUUAAAAUAAAAAUCUCAGUGUGAACGUGGGGGAAUUGGAUGUGAACCCUGUUUUAAACUCCCAUUUUUGUAUUUGUCGUAUUUUUUUCAGUUGAACAGUUAUUACUUUCAGUACUGUGUGUGUGUGAGGAGAAUUAAAUUGUGCAGAACCAUACAUACAUGCUAUUGAUUGAUUAUCGGUUGCGCAGAUAUUCAGCAUUUUAACGAUAAUUGGUAUUGCAUUUACAAAUGACUGAUCACUUAGCUCUCCCAGUCACCGCACGCCAUCUUCUGCAAACCUGGAAACUCCAGUCACAUUGCUACCUCAUGGCACCCCUCCCUGUGAGUCCCCACAUGUUGAGCACAGCUAAAGGCAGGGAGGUGAAACAGUGAAUAUUCUUAUGUAAUGUACUGGACUGACUGCCUGAAAGUCAUAGGAGUGUGAUUGCUGUAAGCAUGUUCAGUUAAUGCUGGAUUUGUGUGGAAAUUGUAUUGCUUUUUCAAAACUUUAAAUGUACAGAAUAUUGUCCGUCAGCUCGCAAGGUGAGCAAUAAUAAUCUGUAUCGGCUCUGGAAAAAUUUAUUUAGGGGUAUCCAUAAUACACUUGCACAAACACAUUACACUAGAUCUAUAAGGUCAGCUAAGAUAUAUAAGGGUUGCGUUAGUUACCCAAGUUCAGAUGAGACAAAUAUGAGUCAGGAGUGCUGUAUAUAGAUUUUGCAGUACGUUUACGUGUGUGUGUGUAUGUAUGUAUGUAUGUAUAUAUAUAAAUAUAUAAAUUUGGAAGUACGUUUACAUGGUCAUGUAGGAGUCGAAUUAGUUGUACCAGAUCAUAAACUGUUCCCUGACUAUUUUUGUACAGCUUGCAGGACUUCCCUUGGACGGGGCACAAAUGGAAGCUUUGUUGCAGACACUGGAUAAGGAACAGACCGGGAGUGUAGAUUACAGGUAAUGAUGGAGUACAAUCCACACCUUCUGUUUGCUAAAUCCUAAAUUAUCACACAUAAGUUGAUUGCAAAGGUAAAUCUCCUUUAAAAAUUCCAAUGAAUAUCCCCUGUUUUUAUGUUUGCCUGAACAUGUAAGAAACCUCCACAACGCACCCUAAACAGCUAAUCGUGUGAAAGCUACCAGACUGUAAAGUCUAUAGAAAAAAAAAUCAAGAUGCAAACUUUCGUUCUGACUUUUUGAGGCAUAAGCUGGCUUUUUGUCUGAGAGUGAUGAGUUUGUGUCUAAUGGUAUAGAGUGUGUUACUGGAACGCAAACCUGACAAAAAUAGCAAGAUGGUGGAUUCUCAACCCUUUGUGGAAUAUCCUGUGGUGUCUACCUUUGAAAAUGGUAUGCCAUGAUCGGAAUAAUUCAGAUUUGGGGAUUGAAAACUUUUCCCAAACAAACAUGGGCUUUGCAAGUCAGUGAAUACUAAGUAAUGUCUCUGAUUUGACUUGUAUUACUAUCUUGUGUCACUUACUGUGAGUUCCCAAAACACUUUGCUACUGUGUUCAUGAUGGAUAUUGCGUAUAUGGGUGUAGCAGAAAGAAAAAUGUGUCUUAAAGGGACACUAUAGUCACCAAAACAACUUUAGCUUAAAGGGACAUUAUAGUCACCAAAACGUUAUCCUAAUGAACCAGUUUUGGUGUAUAGAUCAUGCCCCUGCAGUCUUACUGCCCAAUUCUCUGGUAUUUAGGAGUUAAAUCACUUUGGUUAUGCACCCUAGACACACACCCCUGCAUGUGACUUACACAGCCUUGCUAAACACUUCCUGUCAAGAGUCAUCUAAUGUUUACACUUCCUUUAAUGCAAAUUCUGUUUAAUGUAUACUUUCCUAUCUCCUGCUCUGUUAAUAGCUUGCUAGAUCCUGCAUGAGCCUCCUGUGUGUGAUUUAAAGUUCAAUUUACAGAGCAGGAGAUAAAAACUUUUAAAGUAAGUAACAUUGGAUUGAAAAUAAAACCAUUUUGUUUUCAUGCAGGCUGUGUCAGUCACAGUCAGAGAACGUGUGGCUAGGGCAGCAUAAACUGAAACAAAAGUGAUCUAACUCCCUAAAUGGUAGAGAAUUGAGCAGUGAAACUUCAGAGGCUUGAUCUAUACAUUAAAAUGGCUUCAUUAAACUAAAGUUGUUUUGAAGACUACAGUGUCCCUUUAAAGAAGCAGUUUUUGUGUAUAGAUAAUGCUCUUACAGUCUUGCUGCUCAAUUCUCUGCCAUUUAGGGGUUAAAUCACAUUGUUGAAACAACACUAGUCACAGCUUCAUACAUGUGACUUGCACAGCAUUCUUAAACACUUCCUGUAAAGAAGUUCUAAUGUUUAUACUUUCUUUAUUGCAAAUUCUGUUUUAUUUAUAAUUUCUUAUCUCCUGCCCUUUUAAUAGCUUGCUAGUAUUUACAGGAGCCUCCUUUAUGUUAUUAAAGUUUAAUUUACAGAGCGGGAGAUAAAAACGUGUAAAGCACGUUAACAUUUGAUUAAAAAUGAAACCAUUUUUGUUUUCAUGCAGACUGUAUUUGUCACAUCCAGGGGGAGGUGUGGCUAGGGCUGCAUAAACCGAAACAAAAGUGAUUUAACUGAUUUAAAUGGAUUGAGCAAAAAAAAACCUUUACACAGUAAACACUACGCUAAGUUGAAGUGGUUAUAUUGCAUAGAGUGCCCCUUUAACACACAUCAAGAUUACAGUAUUCAUAGCAACAAUGCAAGGUUUGUGGAAAAAAAAAAAGGGAGGAGGGGGAAAGUGUGUGUAUGUAGUAUCCCUUAAAUAGAGGCCUAUGUUUGAUGUAGCAGUGUUUGCUAGUGGCAGUGGGGUGGGAUGAAACAUUGGUAUCAAUGGUGUCAUCUGAGACACUUGAUCACUUAGCUAAAGACAUAGUUCUGUGAAUGCUCAAUGCUGAGCAAGACAUGCUAAUGGAGGUUGCAGGGAUAUACGAUGCCACAGUUUGUCAGUUCAGCAGCCUCCAUCUGUCCAACUCCUGUAUAAUUUGCAUUGUUUGAGUAGUACUGUCCACAUAGAGAUGUGAGUUUUGUGUGGGGGAAAAAAAGCCAUUAAUUUACCCCCGCUAGACAAAAAGUUGCCUGUAACUGGAAAAACUCGAUUGAAAUCAUAGGCAUAGGUGGUAUAUAAGGGCAAAUAAAUCUAACUUAUGAUUUUUGUCAUGGAUCUGCAUUAUUUGUGCAAAACGUAUUAUGAACCAAAAUGGAUGGAUAUUUUUUUUCCUGUCCUAUGCUGGCAGUACAGUAGUGUAACGGAGCUCCCUGUACCCCUGAUUGGGUACCUCCACCAAGGAAUAGCUUUCUAGCUGGAUCUACAAAUUGUAGCACUUCUGCCCACAGUCGCCGUGGCUCUGACGGGUGAACUCGCUCUAGCAACCCCCAGGCACUGAACGACUCUUAAAAAGGACUUUCCCCGUUGAAUCCUCCACACUGGAACAGUGAUUAAAGAAUAGCCCUUUCCCCUCCGAGUAACCAGACGGCACAUAGUUCUGGGAGAACAAGCUGGAAUACCUUUUAUUGGCAGCCACAACUGGCCUUAAAUGCAGGUUCCCAUGCAAGGGGCACUCCCCUCUUGACCUGAGAGUAGACUACACUAAAAACAUACACAUGCUUACAUUGGCUCUUAGGUCCAGGACACUCCCAUACAAAACAAGAUAAUCCCUCCCCUGUGCCUGGGAGAUAAUUGAGUCAAGCACUGUAUUAAACUCAAUUAUCUCCAAGCACAAAAAAAACACCCAUUUCCCAAACACCCCAAAAGUACCUUAAAAAUACAUUAGACCCCAAAUCGAUUGUUAGCUGUCAUCUGGGUGACCAACAUAUCCAAAAAUCACCUAGAUCGGUUCAGGAAUUUCGUGGAAGUCAUAAUUUGACCGACCGCACGCAUGGUCCCAUGACCAAAACAGUUCCAGAGAAGCAGGGUUUGCGGAUGGUCUAGUUCGGUAGUUUAACCCCCUUAAGGACCAAACUUCUGGAAUAAAAGGGAAUCAUGACAUGUCACACAGGGGUUUAAAACUAACAUAGUUUAACUACCUAAUAUAGUCAAUAAUCUUACUGUGGAGCUUGUUCGUGGGAACGUUUCCACCGAACAGUGUCUUUCUAAGGGUUGUAGAACCGAACGCAGGUGAUCAUGGAAGUCCAGCGGUGUUCGGGAGUUGCAGUAUCCGAAAAUAGUUCCAUGAACUCGACGACAAACACUGCUGCCUGUGUUCAUGCGAACAAGAUGGCCGCCACCUCCUUGUCCUCCAUAGGAAUUGCGGCCACCCAGACGAACACUUAGAACAUUGAGGUGGAAAUUGCUACAAAGAAGCAAUUAGGCUUAACAAGCUCCAGGUUGGUCUCAGGUCCGUGCGGCUGUUCGAUUCCCGAACCAUAGAGUCCAAAUACACGAAUGGAGACUUUUAUAUCACAUUUUACGAGGUCCAUAGUGUGUGGGCAGGAGGCUAGCAAGCAGGCUCCUCCAGGAACUCGUGGCAAACUCACUUGAAAAGGGGAGUUUGUCACAAGUAGUGUUGUACUCCUUCAUGGCACAAGUAUCUACAAAAGAUAAUCCAGAUAAACAAGAUCCCUCCUACCUUACAGUAUAAAGGUACUCCCCAAUCAAUCCUCUUCACUUCUUCCUUGUCCCAUUGUAGGAUGGACGAGCGUUGCUGGAAGAUAAGAAUCUGGUGAGGCACAUGGGUUGAGGCAGGGAGAAUUUAGCCCUAUAGCUCCUUGGGUUGAGAGCUAAAUUGGCCAGCUCCUUGCUUUGAGGUUACGGGGCGAAGAUGUAAAAUUCAUUUAUGCGGAGUGUUGAUCCUGGUAAAAAUAAAGAGGUGGUCCCGAGCAGCGCGGCUAUGAAAAUUCAGACCUGCACACAGUGGUAAAAAAAAACACACCUGGGAGGCCUUGCGUUCCACUGAAGUUCGAACCGCGCCACUGCACAUACAUGAAUCAGGACUUCAAAAUUUUAAGCUGAGCAGAUCCUCCUGACAGUAUGGAUUCUUGUCAGAUUAGAUCUCCCUUUUCACUGGGCUCCCCAUGGGUUUAGAGACUUUUGAGGUAAGAUUUAUCGCAUUGUACAGCGCUACAGAAUCUUGCUGGUGCUAUAUAAAUAAUAAAAUAAUAAUGAUUGUUAAUCUCUACUUUUGAAAACCUCACUCAGACGGCCACUAAAGGUGCUUCCUAUGUCAAUGCUGCAUAGUGUGCAACACUGGAGUUAAGUAUCUGCAUGGAGGCAUUGAACGUUCUCCAUACAGAUACAUUGAUUCCGUGCAUCUCUAUGAUGAGAUCCUGGUUGGCGCAGCGCAGUGUUUUGCCAUGAAUGCGAAAUAGCCGCCCAAUGCUUUGUUAUGGGAAAGCAGUGGAUUGGCUGAGAUCAUUAAAAAAACUAGUCAUCUCGGCCACGGAGGAAUGCCAGCUGUGGCGGGACUGGCUUGGCAUGGGAGAAAAGGUGAAUAAAAUCACCUCUUUAAAACAAUCUGAGAGAAUCAGGAGACCUAAUCCUGCAUUCCACAACUACAAUGUCAGAAAUAAAUGUUGCAUUAUGUAUACUUCUAGGGAAUAAAAAGAAAGCUUUAUCUGACUUUUUUCAAAAUGCCACCAAAACAAAUGAUGAAUGCUCUUCUAAAGCUUUUCAAUAUAUUAUGUACGAUCCCUCUGAAGGUAGCAGAUUCACUAUUACUUUUCAUGUGAAGGGGAAUGAACUAGUUUAGUGCUGUAUGUUUGUGUUUUUUAACUUUUUUUGUGGAACAAAUACACACAUAGUGGUGUGUUGUGUUUUAUUUUUGGUUUUUGUGUCUGUUUAUCGAUGGAUGUGCAGUGACACAUAGCUGAACGUCAAGUCAUAGCAAGAUUAAAGGACCACUAUAGUGCCCUGAGGGUGCCCCCAACCCCAGGGUCCCACUCCCCCCGGCUCUGGGGAGAGGAAAGGGGUAAAACUCACCUUUUUUCCAGCGCCGGGCGGGGAGCUCUCCGCCUCCGAUCCUCCUCCUCUCCUCCCCGUCGGCUGAAUGCGCACGCGCGGCAGGAGCUGCGCACGCAUUCAGACGGUCUCAUAGGAAAGCAUUUACAAUGCUUUCCUAUGGACGCUUGCGUGUUCUCACUGUGAUUUUUCACAGUGAGAAUCACGCAAGCGCCUCUAGCGGCUGUCAAUGAGACAGCCACUAGAGGAUUUGGAGGAUGGAUUAACCCAUUUAUAAACAUAGCAGUUUUUCUGAAACUGCUAUGUUUAUUAAAAAAAUGGGUUAAUUCUAGAGGGACCUGGCACCCAGACCACUUCAUUAAGGUGAAGUGGUCUGGGUGCCUAGAGUGGUCCUUUAACAGAUAAAAUGAAUAUCUGCAAAAUGUGAAAGAAAGGCAGUAAGUACGUAUAUUUUUAGAAUAAUCUAACUACUGAUAGGUGAUUACUUAAUGCAUUGCAACUUUUAACGUUAGAUAGAACUAGGCAUUUAGCUGCAAUAGGAAAGCAUAUGGAAAAAAUUAUAGCAGGCAAUAUAGACCACAUGGAGGCCUCACGGAAGCUAUAGGCAUCUUUGUCCAAGCUGAAGAUGCAAAAUGCAUGAAAAGGUAGCACAAGGUGAGGGCCUUAAUAAAAAAAAAAAAAAGUCCAGCAUGACCAGGUUAUGGAAGGAGUCAGCCCAUUCUGUGGGGUUUUCUGUGGAGACAUUAGAGAACCGAUUAAUAAGCCCUUAGCUGAAUACAUAGCUUUUACCAUGUCACCAUGGAUGUGAAAAUGCAGAGUGUCCAAGUUCAUCUCCUCAAGGGGACAUAAGGGGGUCCAGGAUCGAAGGUCACAGCCUCUUCGUCAUUACUCUUGACUUAACUCUACACAUGAACAGUCGAUGGAAUGGGGGAAGACCCCAAAUGGCCUGGGGGAGGGAGAGAACCCCUUGCCACGGUUUCUGCUGCGCAAUUAUAAACAUGACAAUUUCUAUUGAAAUCCACACUUUUAAAAGCUGUCACUAAUAUGACACUCCAGCAAACUGAAGUCUUCCAUACCAGGUUCCAUUGCGAGGAAUUUACCAACCACUGCCUUUGAAUCCAAACCAAGUAGUGUGGAAUAAGAAUAUAUUUCAUAUAGGCCUACUAUCAAUAGUAAAAUACUAUUGGGGAUGGGCUGGGUAAAGAGCAACUCUGUAUCAAAGAAGUGCAAGUGUUGCAAUCAAUAGGAUCAUCUCCUUGGUUCCCAUGGUGAUUGCACAUCAUGUGACACAUUUGUCUUUAACCUUCUAAUAUAGAACCCCUAAACAGGCCAUGGACUCCAUAGUAGAGCAAAUCUAGUGAGGGUCUCGUUGGCAAUUCAAGUAAUAAUGGGUGUCCCAGAAGGUUUCGUCUAGGGAGCUGUGAUCAGGGUUUGUACUUGCUAAACUCUAAAUUAAUGUCUCGGGAAACUGCAUGUAUUGAGUGAAAAUUGAGUGGGAUCUCAUUGUCAUUUUAUUUAUUUUUCUGUGAGAUUCCUUCUGAGCUUUCUCCUCAAUCUUCUAGCCCACCUAGUUAUCUUCCGAUAUGAUUCCUACCUGAACUUAUUUUGUCCCUCUGCCUGCCAUUUGAACCCUUCACAUAGUUCCUUCUACCAGUGACUGAUCCUUUCUGCCCAUCAGGGACCUUGUUGAUUCACGGAAGAAAAUGGUGAAAGAGCAUCGUGAGAAAUUACGACGUAAAGAGAGAAGGGAGCGUCAGGAGAGACAGCGUAGUCAGCGGGCGCUGAGAUCCUUUCACAAUGCUGUAAGGGCUUUGACUCCUCCACCUGCGCCUAAGGUGGCAGCAGGAGGCAGUGCCAGCUCUGCCCACCUGUCGGUUACAUCACUGAGCUCCUGGUACCAGGAAGGGGAAGCGAAGACUAACUCCAGUAUACUGUACAACCAAAGUGGGAUCUUUGAAGGAGCAAGGUCUACAGAGAGUCCAGAGAAUGACCGCUACUACAGCUCACAAGGCAGUAUGGGAUCUCCUUGCAUCUCAGGACCCCCAUCUUCACACUCUGUGACAAGGGAUGCAAGUCAUCAAGACCUCUGA